ACCAGCUCAGCAAGCUUAGUUCAGGCUUCAGACCCGCUAUAUAUACGACUUGUGCUCUCCCUCUCUCUCUCUCUCUCUCUCUCUGGUUAAUUGUGCGAUGGAUAGACUAGUGGAACUGUCGGAGCAAGAGGUGCUCAUAGACUUCGCACUGAAUCGUAAAUGCCGAGCCACCGUCCGCCUGACCUCCCUCACCUCCACCACCGCCGUGGCCUUCAAAGUCCAAACAUCUUCUCCCCAUAAGUUCCUCGUCAGUCCACCCUUUGGCGUCAUCUCUCCCUCCUCCUCCUCCGCUUUCCAAGUCGUCCUCAAGCCCCAGUCCCAGCUUCCCUCCUCAUUCCCCCGCUCCCCCUCCGAUCGCUUCCUCAUCAAAACCUUACCCGCCACUGAGUCCACCCGCCCCGAGUCCGUCAACUCACUCUUCUCCUCAGCGCCCCCCAACUCCACGCGCGACCUCAAACUCAAGGUCGCCUUCGUGGGCCCCGUUCUCCUCCUCCGCGCCGUGGCCCUUGGAGACUACGACGCAGUAGCGAAAUUGAUCAAGCGCCAGAAAUCGGUUGUUUCCGGGUUGCCGCCGGCGGAGGCUGAGUCGCUGCUCCGAAUGGCCGGCGAGUCGAGCAACUCGGAGGCCGUGACUGACUUGCUGAUCGAAUCAGGGUUAAAGAUAGACGACGCGCGUGUCGCGAAGUGGGAAUCGAAGGGGUGGACGAAGCUACACGUGGCGGCUGCGUUUGAUCGGACGGAGGAGAUCAUACGAGAGGGGCUAGGGACGUUGGAUGGGAAAGAUAAGGAGGGGCGUACGGCGUUGCACGUGGCAGCAAGUAGAGGGAACGCAAGGUGCGUUGAGUUGUUAAUUGGAGCGGGAGCGGAUAUGGACGCGAGGAGUAACGACGGUCGGACGGCGUUGUACAUAGCGGCGGCUAACGGGAACCGUCGGACGGUAGAGAUCUUGGUCGGCAUGGGUGCGGACCCCACUAACCCAGUUGAUCGUGGCCGUUCACCGCUCGAUAUAGCUCGGGAGAAGGGACAUAAGGAAGUGGCAGAGGUUCUCGAAAGGGGAGAGGAAGUCCUAACCGCCGCGAGACGAGGGGAGGCAGAGCACCUCCGGCGGCUGCUACAGAGUGGCGCCACCGCGAACCACCGCGAUCAGUACGGCCUGACGCCUCUCCACGCAGCGGCCAUCAAAGGACACAGGGACGCAGCCCUGGUGCUGAUCGCACAGGGCAUAGACGUAGAGUGCGAGGACAGCGAAGGCCACCGGCCGCUGCAUUUGGCCGUGGAGGGCGGCAGCGCAGCCACCGUGGAGGCCAUAGUCUGCAUCGGAAGAGCCAAUGUUAACGCCAAGACCAAGAGAGGCGCCACUCCUCUUUACAUGGCUACAACCAUGGGCUACGAUGACGUAGUUCGGUUUCUCCUGGAGAAGGGAGCAGCUUCUUCUUCUUCACCGCCAUCUCUUCCUUCUUCUUCCUCCUCCUUAACCUAGAUUGUCAAAAUUAAAUCAAGCUAGCUCAUGCUUUAAUUUCCGUAACCAUGCAUUAAGUAAUUAAACAGUUCUAGUUUUGUAUGAUUCAUUAAUAGUGAUUUUUGAUUGGGAAUCGAA